CCCUUAUUUGACUUGAUCAAGACCCAUCUAGCUUCAAAUAAAUACUUGAUGAAUUACAUUAAUUUUCAUUGAAGCUAGGAUCUUGAAUCAAUACUUAUAAGAAAAUACAAAGUUAUAUCAUCAAGCAAUAUCCUAGAUUCCUAUAGAGUUCAAAUUAAAUACCCCAUCAUAUAUUUGACAAGAAAACUACCACCCUCUUCAAAAAGGCAUUGAAAGGUGAUUUAAACAAACAUCUUGAUUGAAGAAUUGAAGGCUUGAAUCUUUCUCUAUUUUCCAAGGAUUAGUCUCACCUAUUAAAUCAUCAAUGGAACGAAAGGGGCAAAAGCCUGUUACUAAGAUGUCUGUGCCACAAUUUGGAGGGUGGGAACAUAAGCCUCAUGGAGUUCCUACAGACUACUCCAUGGUGUUCAACAUGGCUCGUGAAAACAAGAAGAAUCAUAAAACAGACUUGACUGAAGUUAAGCGUCUUAGCGUUGGAAAUGAUCAAAGAGUUGCAUCCAAUACUCCAAAUCAUCACCAUGGUCGUGGUCGUGGUCGUGGUCAUGGUCACGGUCAUGGUCCUAGUCAUGGUCAUAAUUAUGGUCAUGGUCCUAGUCAUGGUCCUAGUCAUGGUUAUGGUCCUGUUCCUAGCAUAGUCACCCUCAUCACGCUCAUGCAGAUCCUCCUAUCACGGGGAGAAGGAACAUUUUGACAUACAUGAAUUGCUUUAGUAGACCUUGAUAUGAUAAGAAUCAAACCACUCCAUCAUUUUAAUAUCUUAGUCUUGGACUUAUUCUAUUAAAUGUACGAGGAGUAUAUGACUUUGUAAUAUUAUCUACACAUAAAUAAAAGACAAGUUCGUUUGAAA